AUGGAUGAUACUCUCCGCAUUAUUCUUCAAGAGAAAAGGGAAUUGCAUUCUAUUAUCCAAGAGCAAAGGGAUUUUCAAAGGAAACAAUAUUUGUACUUGGCCACUUUGACCGAAGUCAUAUCCCGUAUGGCUCUACCAACUACCAGUAACCAAAGCACCUUCCAACCUUCAAGCUCAAGUGAACUUCCCUAUCAAUCAUUGCCCAACCCAAAAGGUAGCAUCAAUGCUGUCUCUUUAAGGUCCGACACUAUACUACAAGAGAGGAGUUCCAAGGAAUCAAAGGCAAAUGAGGCUAUUCUCGAUGAAGACAUUGUUGAGGUGGAGGAUGUGGAUAAUAAGGAAGAAGUUAAAGAAGUUAUUCAAGAGGAAGUUGCUCAAGCAAGAGAAAGUGGUCCCAAGGAGGAAGAUGCUUUAAAGGAAGCCAUGCCAAUUCCCUUCCCAGCUGUGGCAAAGAGGACCAAAAAGCAAGUGCAGCUAGAUCCCAAGAUGGUGGAUAUCUUCAAAAACGUUGAGGUAAUUAUUCUCCUUUUUUAUGCUAUUCGCCAAGUACCUAAGUAUGAUAAAUUUCUAAAAGAUUUGUGCAUGAACAAGGAAAAGAUUAAUGAAUUAGAAAAUGAUGUUGAAUUUGUGGAUUGUAUGUGUGAUCUUGGUGCCUGUGUGAUCAUUAUGCCUUUUUCUGCUUACAAUGAAUUGGACCUUCCACCAUUGAAAAGGUCGGCAGCUCGUUUUGUUUUAGCCGACAAGAGCAUUAUUUUUGUGGCCGGUAUUACUGAGGAUGUCUUAGUUAGCAUCAAAGGAUUAGCCUUCCCGAUUGAUUUUUACAUCCUUGAGAUGCCUCCUAAUGACUUCGGGAAGCCAUCAUCCAUUCUAUUAGGGAGGCUUUUCUUGAAGACUUCUAGGUUUAAGCUUGAUGCAUUUUUGGGCACAUACUCUUUUGAGAUUGAUGGUAGAACGGUAAGCUUGAAUUUGGAUGAGACUAUGACUCAUCCGCUGGAGGAUCGCUCUAUCUUACGGUGUGAUUUGAUUGAUGAAGUUGUAGUUGAGAUUCACCAUGAGACCCCUCAUGAGAUGAGUAUGAAUAAAGGCCUAAGUGUGGGGGAAGGAUUGUGA